CUUAGUCAAAGUCACAUCCUUUUUUCUAUAUAACCCAAAACUCACACAUCUUCUUGAUCUCUUCCCUCUUCUCUUCUUUCAUCAUUCUCUUCACCAUGGGAAGAUCUCCUUGUUGCGAGAAAGCUCACACAAACAAAGGAGCUUGGACUAAAGAAGAAGACCAACGUCUCAUCGAUUAUAUUCGUAAUCAUGGUGAAGGUUGUUGGAGAUCUCUUCCUAAAUCUGCUGGAUUGUUGCGUUGUGGUAAAAGUUGUAGAUUGAGAUGGAUUAAUUACCUUCGUCCUGAUCUUAAACGUGGUAAUUUUACUGAUGAUGAAGAUCAAGUCAUCAUCAAACUCCAUAGCUUACUCGGUAACAAAUGGUCAUUGAUCGCUGGAAGAUUACCCGGAAGAACAGAUAACGAAAUCAAGAAUUAUUGGAACACUCAUAUCAAAAGAAAGCUUCUUAGUCAUGGAAUCGAUCCACAAACUCAUAGACCAAUCAACGAUACCAAAACGACGCCGUCUCAAAUUGUUAUUGUUGAUCCGGUUCAAAACGACGCCGUUGAGUACUCUUUCUCCAACUUAGCCGUUAAACCGGAAAAUUCCUCCGAUAACGGAGCUUCAACCAGUGGCACGACGACUGACGAGGAUCUCCGGCAGAACGGGGAGUGUUAUUACAGUGAUAAUUCAGGACGUAUAGAGAUUAAUUUGGAUUUAACUCUCGGGUUUGGAUCCGGGUCGGGUCGAGUAGUCGGAGCCGGGUCAUCUGCUGAUUCAAAGCCGUGGCGGGAUCAGGUGAUGGCGGCGCGUUUGUCACUGUUGUAAGAAUUUUUACCAAACCGGUAAAACAAAAAAACCCAAAAAAUUGGGUUUUUAGAUUUUUUUUUUCUUUCUAUUUUAUAUAUUUGUGUGUAUCGUUUUGGAUAAUUAUAGAAAUUAUUUACUUCAGUUUAUUUGAUACUUUUUUUUUUU